AUGGGAAACUUGAUCGAGCAGUUAGAUGCUCUCAUCGCCGACACCUUUUCCGCGUGGAACCUCUAUACCACCCUGAUUGCUUUGGCCUUGUUUGCUUUUGUAGCAUAUCCUCUCAUCUUCUGGCUUGAACCUGACACACAUCCUCUGCUUCUCGCUCGUCAAGCUGCUGCGUCUCCCGUUCGUCAACCUCACGAGUCUGCCGUCUACCGCUCCACAGAGGUACCUCAUGGUUACGGACUGAAGACAGGUCUCUCGGUCCGAGCCCCUGGUGCUCCCAAGUGGACGGCCGGCAAGGAUGGCGACCUCAGAGAUAUCUGGCGUGAGGCUGCCAACUCUUCGUCUAGCGGUGCCACGGCAAAGAUCUUGUCUGUCCGUGGAAAAGAUGCCCCCAUCGAGCAUGACUUUGCAACUCUCUCCAAACUCAUCAACAUCGUUGGUUCCCAUUUGCAGAAGUCUGGCCUGCAGAGAGUUGCUAUCUACACUCCAAACUCCAUCGAGUACCUUGUCACCAUUUUCGCAUGCUCCUUUUACGGCUUGACCCCUAUCCUCAUUCCUUACAACCAGGACCAUGAUACUGCUUGCAAGCUACUCGAGGACACUCAGACUCAAUGCUUGGUCGCUACCGCUGGAGCACUGCCUCUUGUUGCUCUUACCAAGAGCGUUCCGUCUCUGCGUCAGGUUCUCUGGGUCACAGAUCCUGCCAACAAGCAUAUGGACUGGCAAGGUGCUCCUGAGAACGAGACUAACGGUAAGCUUGCUGUUUCUGUCUGGGACAACAUCGUCCAGGAGUCUUCCUCCACUAGUAGCGAGCUGCCCAAGGGCGACGAUAGCCUUGUGCCUGGCAACCUGAUUUUCCUGUGGCAGAAGAGCCCUAAUUCUCCUGCCAAGUCAGUGGAGUUCACUCAAAAGAACAUGGUCGCUGCGAUUGCCGCUCUGAUCUCGGCAUUGCCCCUUCGCCAGCGUCUGGGUCCUUCGGACCUAGUACUGCCUGCCGACUCAUUCAGCCAUUCAUACGUCCUCUCUUUGACUAUGGCUGCCUUGUUCAGUCACAGCUCCCUAGCCAUCAACUCUGUUGCAGGUGCCGGCGUAGACAUAGCUCUCGCAUCUCGAGGCGUGGCGCCCACCAUCAUCAUUGCCUCAUCUGAAACACUCUCAAAGUUGCAUCAAACCCACACGUCGGGAGCGUCUUCUGCUAUCCACAGAUUUGUGCACUCUCAUCAUGGGCGCGCUCUCGACGCAGGCCGUAUGCCUGGAGAAGAUCUACUGUCCCGACUCUUCGCGCCUAAGGGCAGUGCUAUUGGCACAUCCCCUGAAAAGCUGCGUCUCAUUCUAGCCUCGGAGAGAGCAAACACCGGUGCUCAGACCUUGAGUAGUGCUGCUCUUCGUGAUCUUCGCAUAAUCACUCGUUCCAGAAUUUGCUAUGCUUUGACUGCUUCGUCGGUAGCAGGUGCUGUGGCGCAAACUAACAUCUACGACUACAGACACAACGAUCGUCCCGGCCACAGCCACUUCGGCGCACCUCUGAGCAGCGUCGAGAUCAAGCUUGUAGACAAGGAUGACAACAAGGUUGACGGCAGCACACCAACAGGCGAAAUCGUUGUAUCUGGUCCUGCAGUUGCUGGAGGUGAUAGCAACCUUGGUGUUAGGGGCAUCUUCCGCGAAGACUGCACUCUGGGUUAUGCUUGA